AUGAGCGAAGGGAAUCAUUAUUUGAGCAACUGCGAAGACUAUCUGAAGCUACAAUUACGCGAUCGUAUCUCGAAGGUGCGCAGUCUUGGAUUGUGCAUGAACUGUUUCAGUAACCGACAUCAUGUUAGAGACUGCAAGGGGAGCUCCUGCAAGAAAUGUGGAGGCCGUCACCACACUACGUUGCAUGAUAACAAUGCUAACCAGCCAACUCAACCAACACCUACCCCGCGUAGGACCCCUGAGAUGCCUACAACGUCCUCAAAUGCGCUAGUAGCUUCCGUUGCAUGUACUAAUUCGCAGCCAAAACAGUACAUUCUCUAUACCGCAGUUUGCAUGAUAGAAGACGAGUUUGGAAAUUUGAUCAGUUGUCGUGUUUUGCUCGACAGUGGGUCGAUGCAUAAUUUAAUAUCCACGCGUGUGGUACACGCGUUGCGCUUGCGAAAGACGAUGGUGAACAUGUCCGUUGAAGGUAUUUCCGGUGCGCCUAAGAUUAUUUCGAGUCAAGUCAGAGUAAAGAUCCAUUCCACCUACAAGUCAGACUUCACCUACAGCACAGAAUGUUUGGUCAUGAGCAAAAUUACAGGAAACUUGCCAAUCAAUUCGUUCAAUAUUGAUCCUGGGCAAAUUCCGUCAGAGAUAGUACUCGCAGAUCCGUGGUUUAGUCAAUCACGAAGAAUUGAUAUGCUUCUUGGAAUACAAGUGUUCCAUGAAAUGUUUACUGGGCAAACCCAUACCAUAAUUGAAAAUCCUCCUUGUUGGUGCGAAGAAACCGUCUUUGGUUGGGUAGUAGGUGGUGCUAUUGAAAGACCAGAAGUUGAUCGAACGAUCUCUAAUGUCUGUAAGAUCGUUACGAAUGAGGCGUUGAGUGAGCAAAUUAGCAGAUUUUGGGAAGCCGAGUCCAUUCAUGAGCCCCGAAUGUUGACUCACGACGAAAGAGCCGCAGAGCAAAGUUUUUCCGAUACUUGCUGCCGAUUGGAAAAUGGUCGCUAUGAAGUAGGUCUGCCAUUGAGACCCAGUAUAAAGGAAUUAGGUGACAGUCAGGUGACAGAAAAACGAUUGAUUCACGACCAAGAUCUUUACGACCAGUACCGAGAAUUUAUGCAUGACUAUGAAAUCCAGGGCCAUAUGAUUAAGUGUGACACCAAUUGCCCAGAAGGAUAUUUUCUGCCACACCAUGCGGUGCUUAAUUUGGCAAGCACCACGACGAAGACGCGUGUCGUUUUUGAUGCGUCUGCAGCAGCUUCGAGGGGAGGUUCCCUGAAUGAUCACUUGUACGUUGGCCCUACCAUUCAGCCCAAGCUCGCCGAAAUCGUGCUACGAUUUCGGGUGCCCAAGAUUGUAUUUACGGCAGAUAUUACGCAGAUGUUCAGGCAAAUUAGAAUCCGAGCAGAAGAUCAGAAGUACCAACAGAUAUUUUGGCGUCGCCAGCCGAACAAAUCUUUAGAGGUGUUCCACUUGACGACAGUAACGUAUGGGACAGCCUGUGCGCCUUUUAUGGCUACAAGAACGCUCGAGCAGCUUUGCACGGAUGAAAAAGAGCGUUUCCCCUUAGCGUCGAAGGCGGGAACCGAAGAUGUCUACAUGGAUGACAUCUUGAGUGGAGCGGACACGUUAGAAGAUGCCCUGAACCUGCAGACUCAAUUCGUCGAAAUGACCCAGGCCGGUGGGUUCAAUCUCCAUAAGUGGGCGUCGAAUCAUCCCGAAUUAAUGAGGCAAAUUGAUAAUACUGAGCAUGAAAGAGCGUUUUUCGAAAAUGAGAAAACCACAAGAACUUUGGGUUUAACCUGGCAACCCAGAAAGGACGUAUUUUUGACCAGAUUGCACGAAAUUGAAUUCCACCUGGGACAGACGACAAAAAGAACCAUAUAUUCUGAUAUCGCCAAGCUUUACGACCCACUGGGACUGCUGGGUCCGUUGAUUUUCGCUGCGAAAGUACGAAUGCAGAAAAUCUGGCAACUGAACGUAGACUGGGAUGAAAUAUUGGCACGAAACGACGCUGAAAUCUGGGAUGUUUUCCGUAACCAGCUGAAAGAGAUGGGUGAAAUAGUUGUUCCUCGUUGUGUUUUUCCCCAUUCGAACCCGCGAUCUGUUGAAUUGCAUGGAUUUUGUGACGCCUCCAGUCUGGGAUAUGGAGCUUGCGUCUAUGUUAGAUCUUGUGAUACGAUAAACUGUAAAAUUUCCCUCCUUACCUCAAAAUCUCGAAUCGCACCCUUAAAGAACGCUAAACUCACGAUACCGCGCUUAGAGCUAAGCGGGACGCUUGUACUUGCACGAUUGAUUUCCAAUAUAACGCACAACCUUAAGAUUUCAUUUUCCAGAAUCAUUCUCUGGUCCGAUUCCACCACAGCACUUUCCUGGAUCAAGACCGACCCUAGCCGACUCAAAACCUACGUAAGCAACCGAGUCAUCGAGAUACAAGAGUUGGCUAAAGGCAUUGAAUGGAGAUACGUGGGGACGCAUGGCAAUCCAGCAGAUGUAAUAUUUCGAGGAUUGUUGCCUUCCGAGAUACGAGAUUGCAAAAUCUGGUGGUCAGGCCCGAACUUCCUGUACCACGACGAAGAAGAUUGGCCUAAAAGAUUCCAGCACAUCCCGACCGAGCAACUUCCGGAAACGAAAAACCCAAACAUGAGCCUCACAGUUACUGACCCUCCUGCCAUGUUUUACCUGUUUGCGACGGAGAACAACUUUAGAAAAAUGCAGCGAAUAAUGGGAUUAGUUCUACGGUACAUCGACCACAUACGACCCAAGAAAGACCGACAGCAUCGAUACGGCGUCCUACGUAUUCCAGAGCUACAACGAGCGACGGUUGCAUUGACCAGUAUUGCGCAACAAGAGACAUUCCCCAACGAAUUCAGCUGCCUCGACGCCGGAAAGGUAAUUCACAGUAAAAGUAAACUAAUCAGCUUAUCUGUGUUUUUAGAUCGAUCAGAAUAUGUUCUGCGAGUGGGGGGUCGAAUUCGUCACGCACAACUGCCCGAAAGUCAGAAGCAUCCUAUUAUUCUGCCAGCCACGCACUGUUUCACUCACGCCGUGAUUCGUGCGUAUCACGUUGAGAUGUUGCAUGCCGCUCAACAGCUUCUUCUUUGCGGAUUACGCCAUCAAUUUUGGAUUCUGCAUGGCCGCAGUACGGUGCGAAGGGUUAUUCGCCGGUGUGUCACUUGCAUGAAAGCAAAACCGGUAGGAAUGCAGCAGAAAAUGGGUGAUCUACCCAUUGCGCGAUUGGAAGGUGUGCAUGCAUUCUACAACACUGGGGUAGAUUUUGCCGGACCGAUCUACCUGCGACAGCAUAACAAGCGUGGGACUGUUUCGUACAAAGCACAUGUGGCGGUCUUUGUAUGCUUUGCUACACGUGCGAUCCAUCUAGAGCUAGUGGGCGAUUUGACAGCGGAUUCCUUCAUCGCCGCACUACACCGAUUUGUGUCCCGUCGGAGCAAGUGUGCCAGAUUGUUCUCCGACAACGGUCUCAACUUUGUGGGCAGCCGCUCAAAGUUACGAGAAAUGUACGACCUGUUUCAGUCCCAGCUCCUGAAGGAUAAAUUGAACGACUUUUGCUCCAAGUCAGCCAUCGAAUGGAACAUGAUCCCACCUAAUGCCCCACACUUUGGCGGACUGUGGGAAGCCGGUGUGCGCUCUGCCAAGUACCAUCUUAAGCGCAUCACUGGAACAGCGAACAUGAACUUCGAAGAAUACACUACAGUGUUGGCCCGCAUCGAAGCGCUGCUCAACUCGCGGCCUAUCACUCCGCUGUCCGAGGACCCACAAGAUUUGCGACCUCUGACUCCUGGUCAUUUUUUGGUCGGCCGCCCUCUGACAGACAUCGCAGAACCGAGACUGGUCGAACGCAAGGAAUCAACACUAUCCCGCUGGCAACGUUAUUCGAAAAUGGUCCAACAUUUCUGGGAUCGUUGGUCUCAUGAUCACAUCACGACGCUACAGAACCGCAACAAGUGGCAUGUGCGGUACCCUGUGAAAGCUAGUCAACUGGUCAUCAUUCGAGAAGACAACGUGCCGACAUCAGCGUGGCGUCUCGGCAGAAUUGAAACGACUAUUCCUGGUCCCGAUGGUUUGGUGCGCGUCGCAGAUGUGCGUGUUGCUGAUGGGUCCAAAGGUACCAAGGUAUUCCGACGUCCGAUAGCCAAACUGUGCCUGCUGCCAAUCGAGGACAACGAGGUAGAACUUGAACACGACUCCGAAGAUGGCAACGAGAAUUCCGAAAAUAAGAAAAGUGAUUGA